AUGGUUACCGUGGCAGAACCUCAAAAAGUGACCCUCAACAAUUAUGUAGGGUUCGAUUCCAUCACCAAUCAAAUUGAAAAAAAACUCUUGAAACGUGGAUUUCAGUUUAACGUUAUCGUUGUUGGUCAAACUGGUCUCGGUAAAUCAACACUCAUUAAUACCAUCUUUGCAGCGCACCUAAUUGAUAGUAAAGGUCGUACUUCUUCCGAAGAGCCUUUUAGACAAACCACUGAAAUUCAAACCGUUUCACAUUUAAUCGAAGAAAAUGGUAUUCGUUUGAGAUUAAAUAUAGUUGAUACACCCGGUUACGGUGAUCAAGUCAACAAUGAAAAUUGUUGGGAACCCAUCAUUAAGUACAUUAAAGACCAGCAUAGUGCUUAUUUACGUAAAGAGCUCACCGCUAUGCGAGAACGAUAUAUUCAAGACACCAGAAUUCAUUGUUGCUUGUUUUUUAUUUCUCCAACUGGUCACGCUCUUAAACCUAUUGACAUUGUCGUACUUAAAAAACUUUCCGAAGUUGUUAAUGUCGUUCCCGUAAUUGCCAAAUCAGAUUCACUAACAAUGGAAGAACGUGUAGCUUUCAAGCAUAGGCAAAUGAUCCCUUUUGCUAUCGUUGGUUCUGAAAAAAAUGUUGUCAUUGAUGGUAAAUCUGUUCGUGGACGAAGGAAUAGAUGGGGUGUUAUCAAUGUGGAGAAUGAAAAUCAUUGUGAAACUCACCUUCAAGAUCUUAUUGAGACUACUGCCCAAAUUCAUUACGAAGCUUUCCGUUCUAAACAACUAAUGGCUCUAAAAGAAUCUUCUAUUAAUCGAUUACAAAAAGAACGGUUGGAAGCAUCAACUCAAAGUGAGGGAGGCGAAAAAAUAUUACCGGAAGAGAUAGAAAGGAUAGUUAAAUAUAGAGUUGAAAAUGAAUUAAAAAAAAUUCAAGAACGUCAAGAAGAGAUUCAAACAAGAAUUAAUGAAGAAAUUGAAAGAUCAAGAACAUUUAUUGAAGAUAGUGGAGCUAAUUCUGUAACUACUGAACGUGACAUAGAAGAAUUGGUAUUGAGAAUUGAAAGAAAAUAUGAAGAUAAAAUUUUACCGGAUUUAAUUGAACAACAAAGAGCUGAAUAUGUUACAAAUCAAAAAUAA